AUGUCGAGCUCAGCAGACGAUGAGGUGGAGGAGGCCCUGAAGGACCUCAUGGCCGUCGGCGAGCAGCUCCCAAGUUUGCUGCUUUCUGUUUGCCGCAGAGCUGCAGCAGUAGCCAGCAGCUCAGGUUUCCCCGACGAACCCACUUCUGGGGGCCCCCAGGGGGGUCCCCCAGGGGGCCCCCCAGGGGGGCCCCCCAGGGGGGCCCCUGGGGGGCCCCCCGGGGGCCCCCCGGGGGGCCCCCAGGGGGGCCCCCAGGGGGCCUGGGGUUUAGGAUGGAGCUCCUCUUCUUGUCCCCACGUGUUUGAAGAGGAGGCAAUUAUGCACUUGAUGUAA